GGGGGGGGAAGGAGUAAGAUCUCGAACCUUCGAAAAGAGCGGGCGACAUCCGGGCAUCUGGGGGCCGUCGAGCAGAGGCGUGCCUUGGAGCGCGGCUUGUUAGGGCCCGCGGCCAUGCUGAAGUGCGGGAUGAGCGGCAGUCAGGUGAAAGUAUUUGGAAAAGCAAUCCAAGCUCUAUCACGAAUCAGUGACGAGCUGUGGCUAGACCCAUCUGAAAAAGGUCUUGCUCUAAGAUCUGUGAAUUCUUGUCGGUCAGCAUACGGAUGUGUCCUCUUCUCUCCUCUGUUUUUUCAACAUUAUCAAUGGUCAACCUCAGUGAAAGUAAAUGAGAAUGAUUCGACAACAUCAAAUUUAAAUUGCAAAUUGGGAAUGAAGUCAAUUCUGCCCAUCUUUAGAUGUCUGAAUUCCCUCGAAAGAAAUGUAGAGAAUUGCAGAAUUUUCACCAGAUCCGAUCAGUGCAAAGUCGUCAUUCAGUUCUUUUGCAGACAUGGUAUUAGAAGAACUCAUAAUGUGUGUUUUCAGGAAAGUCAGCCCUUGCAAGUUAUUUUUGAAAAGAAUAUGUGUUCUAAUACACUAGUUAUUCAACCAAGAGUGCUCGCUGAGGCCGUUGUUCUUUUUACGUCAAGUCAAGAAGAAGUUACUCUUGCUGUUACCCCACUCAGUGUUUGCCUUAAGAGUUCCAGUGACGAACCAAUGGAUUUGACCAAUUCUGUGUACAGUGAAAUGUUUGUUGGCCCGGAAGAGUUUGACUUCUUUCAAAUUGGAGUUGAUACUGAAAUAACAUUCUGCUUCAAAGAAUUGAAGGGAAUGCUGACAUUUUCAGAAGCUACACAUGCUCCUAUAGCCAUUCAUUUUGAUUUUCCUGGGAAACCUAUGGCUUUAAGUAUCGAUGAUAUGUUAUUGGAAGCUAACUUUAUUUUGGCUACAUUAGCUGAUGAGCCAAGUAGAGCAUCUUCUCCGCAAUCACUGUGUCUUUCACAAAAACAAAAAAGGUCAGAUCUGAUGUGUUCACCAAACAACAAUUCAAAGACUGGUAAAAAUGUAACCAGCAAGGCCCCGGGAUGUAUCUUGAGAAAAACAGCACCCAAAAGGCUUCAUCCUAAUGAGACUCAAACAGAUGUCCCUGCGCUGGAAAACUGUGGCAGCCCUAUAAUGAAAAGAGUGAAUGGAGACAUUAGUGAAGUGCCAGAAAGCAGCGUCAGCGACACGGAGGAGAUGCCAGGCUCUUCAUAUCUGAGGAAGUUUUCUUGCAUGUUCUUUGGAGCAGUUUCUUCUGACCAGCAAGAACACUUCAACCACCGUUUUGACAGUCUGGCAACAGCAAGUGACACUGAAGAGGACAUGAAUAAUGUGGGAUGCAGAAAAUAA